CCAAAUUCAAAUCCCCGCAACCCCAAAAAUCUAGGGUUCUUAAUCUUCCUCUUCCACCACCAUUUCCACCCCUCUUCCUACCUAACCUACCCACCCAAGUUGCAAUCUUUCUCAUCCUGGCCGCCUAUUCGAUCCUUUCGCUUGGUUUCUCUUACCUUCAGAUUCGCUUUGGUUGCUUGUCGCGGCAUCUUUGGAUCUGGCUUCCGGCACGAUGGUCUUCGGCUGGACCUUAGUUCGGUAAGGAGUUUUAACUUCGUAUGGAGAUGGAACCCGGGAAGUGUAAUGGGUCUGUGAAGCUGGAAGAAUCGCCUAGCGAUGUGCUGAUCACUUACAAGAGGAAGAGGCGGAGGCGGAGGCGGAUGCGUGGCGGGUCUAGUGCGGAUGCUUCUAAGGUUUUGGAAAUGCCUUCUGGUAGAACUAGGGAUAUUGGGUGGGACCAUGGUGAGAUAGUUGAUGGAAAUAGGUUUCACUGGAUGUGCAACUGGUGUGGCUUAAUCAGAUAUGGUGGUGGGGUGUCUAGGCUUAAGAAUCAUCUUGCUGGUACUUCUCAUGUUAGGAAGUGCCCAAACGUUCCUGCUGACAUUUCAAAAUCCAUAAUGAAUCAUCUGAUUGAGAAGAGUAAACGUAGGAAGAAGAGGUCAACACCAAACUGUAGAUUUGUUGGAAGCGAGCUGAGUGAUUCUCAUAAUGUUGAUGCAGUUUGCGUGGAUUCCACAAAAAGAUUUAUGGACAUGCGGGAGGAAAGUGUUGGUAUGUUCAACAAGGAAGCAAAUGAUCAAUGUAAAAUCACUGAUAUUGGUACCAAAUCAUCAAAGAGUGCUAAUCAGCAUUCAGGAGUUGCUUCCCAGUUGCCUGAGACUGAGAUGACUAAGAUGCAAAUAAUUGACCCUGCUGAGACUGUUACAUAUACUGAUUCUCAGUCAGACAGACAUGGCAGAAUAUGUCGUCGAUGGAAAAGUGCAAUAGAAUGUCAGCUUGAGCUAUCCUAUUUGACCACAGGUCAAGGUGUCUGGAAUGUCCUCCAUGAUGCAUUAUCCUUGGGUCAUUCUCAACUACCACAGAAAUUGAUGACAAAUGAUGUUAUCAUGGACAGCAAACAACUAAAGGACAUUCAGUUAGGGAAUUCAAAAGUAAAGCUUCAAUGUCAUAAGAUUGAUUCUUUGAAAUCAGCUGAAGAACAAAUAGUUAUGGAAUCAACAGCUAACCAUCACAAAGAAGUUACCAACACUAGAAAGUGUGAAAAGGCUUUUCUUGAGAUUUUGAUUUCAGCAAAGUUUGCCCUACUGUGUGAUUUUCUUUUGGGGAUAUUUGAUGGGAACAUGACCAAAACCUUUUUAGACUUUAGCCUGAUUGAUUCAAAAUUUAAAAGUGGUGAUUAUGAACAGGUACCAGAGUUGUUUAACCAGGAUGUUGAGCAGAUGUGGAACAAACUGCAAAAAUUUGGUGAAGAAAUGACUACUUUAGCUUCAAACUUGUCUUGUCAUAGAGAGUUUUUCAGCUUCAUGGUUCUUUUGCAGGAGACUUGUCAACUAAGUGUUUUAGGGAAGAAUUCAGUUGUAACACAUGCUGUCAAACAGUUAACUGCUGGACCAGAUUGUUCCACAAAACCUGAUCAUAUGGAGUCGUCUAAUCGAAAUUGUACUUCUACUUGUAAGAAGUGUGAAGCUGAAGCAAAUGGGGAUAACAGCCUCCCAUGUGAUGGUUGCAACGCAAUGUACCAUUUUUCCUGUAUUGACUACUCUAUCAAAGACAUUCCCACCCGAAGCUGGUUCUGUGCUGCCUGUCGAUUGCACCAUAAAAAUUCUGCUGAUCCAGUCUACACAGGUAAUAAGAAACGAAGCUUUCACCGGAACUGUGUGGUAUGUGAUAGGCUUGAAUUUCCUGAGAUAGCGGAAGACCUUGAUGAGAAUGGAAGCCCGACCAAGACAGUUACCUAUUCCGGAGAUACCUCAGUCUCUAGUAUGGAGUCUGCAGAUCCAGAUGAACCAUCCAAACAUAUUGUGGUACGCUUGUGCAAAAUAUGUGGCGCAUGUGAGGACGAAGACCGGAGGUUCUUAGUUUGUGGUCAUAUUCACUGCCCUUAUAAAUUCUUUCACAUAAGAUGCUUAAGGACUAGUCAGAUUGCUAGUGCUCAGCAAGAGAACCGAUCAUGUUGGUAUUGCCCAUCCUGUCUAUGCAGAGCUUGCCUCUGUGACAGGGAUGAUGACAGGAUUGUCUUGUGCGAUGGCUGCGACGAGGCCUACCACACUUACUGCAUGAAACCACCUCGUGCAAUAAUACCCACGGGGAAAUGGUAUUGUGUCCCGUGCAAUGUUGCAAGAGCAAGGGAUGGAAUGAGAAGAUACGAGGAAUGGAUAUUGCAGCAACACAAUGGAGGUGAGCAGUCUAUAGAGGCCAUUCGGUCAAUGGAUUUACUACUUAGUGCUGCUGAAAAAUUGAGCUCGGAAGAGAAAUUGUCUUCUCAGAGGUAAUUUUGGCUAUAGUAAGAAUUGCAUGGGGUAUCAACCUUACAAAUCGGGUAUGAAUGGCCCUGCACAUCUUAACACUGGCAUAAAAGUAGCUAAGAUCAGCUUCGUAAUCAUUUGAAGGUUACAAACACUUGCGCAUAAGUGGCUCAGCAAGAUCACUUGCCUAAUCUUUUUGAAGAUUACAUUUUUUGGCGGGGUGAACAUAAGAAGCUUCUCAUGUCAUCCCACUGCAUAAAAAAAAUGUAGUUAAUGAAUCUGAGAUUGAAAAUGUUGAUUUCCAUGUAUUCUUUUCACCAAUUCCUGUAGGAAUCAAUCAGAAGUUCUCAUUAUGACUUGCUAUACUCAAAAGGGACAUCAUCUUUUUCAAGGCAAUUCACGGAAAAUUCUGAGAAGAGUAGCAUAAAUUCUACAUGACGCUUUUUGUUGUUUUCUAGCAUGUCUGAUUUGCAGGUUUCAACUAAAUAUUUUGAUACCCAUGCUUGUAAAAUUUCUGCCUAUUUACGGCCUUGUAUUGUGUUAUACUUUUGUUAGUUGAACUUGUAAAGUUAACUAUGUAGUUGAUGAAACAGAAAUUGAUUGCAAGUUAUCCAAUCA